UUUCUCACUCAUCACUCCUUCCGCUUAGCACUCACUCUUUCUGAAGGGGAAAAAAAUGCGGCUCAAGAGCUUGAGGCCCUGAGCCCUCUCGAUCCCCUUAAAAAUCGCCCAAAAUGAAGCCCUAGUUCCGCCAUUAGCGUUGGCACUCGAGAGUGCAUCAGAGGCUUUGAUCAACAUUUCACCUCAUUUCUACGAGUUAAUGGAGAUAAUUGGUUUCUCAGAGCUGGUUGGGCGUUGAUUCCAGCGGCUUGGAUCUAUAUUUCGCUCGCAUCAUCGAUUCCAGACAGAAAUCAGGUACAAUAGGAGUGUGAGAGAAAAUGCUGACAUGCGUCGCUUGUUCAAAGCAGCUCGGCGGCGGAUCGCUUCAUGAACCAGAAGGUGAGGAGGCCGUCGGUACACCGAGCACGAAGCAAGCCAUCAAAGCUCUCACCGCUCAGAUCAAGGACAUGGCAUUGAAGGCAUCCGGGGCGUAUCGCCACUGCAAGCCAUGUUCGGGAUCGACUGCACAUCAACAUCGUCCUAACUAUGCUGAGUCCGAGGCUGCAUCGGCAUCGGAGAGGUUUCACGGCUCUUACCGUCGAACGGGGACGUUUAGCUCGAGCUCUACGCCAAGGCUGUGGGGCAAAGAGAUGGAAGCGAGACUUAAGGGAUUAUCUAGCGGUGAAGGGACGCCUCCAUCGGUUAGCAGUCGAACUGAAUCAGUGGUGUUCAUGGAGGAAGAAGAGCCAAAGGAGUGGGUUGCGCAAGUUGAGCCUGGUGUUCUCAUCACAUUCCUUUCUCUGCCUCAAGGAGGCAACGAUCUCAAGCGGAUCCGCUUCAGCCGGGAGAUGUUUAAUAAAUGGCAAGCUCAGAGGUGGUGGGCUGAGAACUAUGACAAAGUCAUGGAGCUGUACAAUGUCCAGAGGUUCAAUCGCCAAGCUGUCCCACUGCCAACCCCACCAAGAUCUGAAGAUGAGAGUUCAAAGAUGGAAUCAGCUGAGGACAGUCCAAUGACACCUCCAUUGAGCAAAGAGCGCUUACCUCGCAACUUCCAGCGUCCGAUGGGAAUGGGCUACUCAUCAUCAGAUUCACUUGACCACCACCCAAUGCAAUCCCGUUAUUACCAUGAUUCAGGUGGCCUCACUUCUACACCAAAACUUUCUAGCAUCAGCGGGGCCAAGACUGAGACAUCAUCUAUGGAUGCUUCUAUAAGGACAAGCUCAUCAAGGGAGGGAGAUCGCUCUGGAGAGCUAUCUGUUAGUAAUGCUAGUGAUCAAGAGACAGAGUGGGUUGAACAGGAUGAGCCUGGUGUCUACAUUACGAUCAGAGCUUUGCCUGGUGGUACAAGGGAGCUCAGACGUGUCAGAUUCAGCCGUGAAAGGUUCAGGGAGAUGCACGCGAGGCUCUGGUGGGAAGAAAACAGAGCCAGAAUACAUGAGCAGUACUUGUGAUUUGAGGAAAAAUUAGCUCACGGUGGUGGUGGUGGUGGUUCAGACGCACCCCAACAGCGGCAUUAUGUGUCGCGGGCACACGCCAGCUUUGUCGUUUGGCUCGCUCUCUCCUGCAGUGCAUUCUAACUGCAUAUGAAUGUUAAUUGGAGGUUGUGCUUCUCUCUCCCUCUCUCUCUCUCUCUCUCUCUCUCUCUCUCUGGGUGAAAUUGUGGAUUAAGUGCAUGUAGAUGUUGCCAAAAGGGAUAUGAUUGGUGGGUAAAAUGGUAGUUAUAGAUAAAGGUUUCUGUUUAAGCUAAAGCAGCUCACAGUAAUAUACAAUUUCGCAUCUGUCAUUAGUGUAUCUCUUGUCUUAUUUUGGUUUAUCAUGCAUCUUUCUCAGGGUUGUAGUUCUUCCCCCGAGUAAAUGUGUUUUUCUUUUUCA